AUGUCUAGUAAAAACAAACCCUUGAAUGCUGACAAGACAACUGACAUUACAAACAACUCCAGCAGUCCAGAUUCAAUUAAAGAAUGGAGCAAUAAGUCAGUGGUUACUGAAUUCAUUUUGUUGGGCCUAUCCAGUUCCCAGGAAUUACAACUAUUCCUUUUCUUCAUCUUUUCUGUGUUUUAUGGAGCUGCAGUGCUGGGAAACAUUCUUAUCAUUUUGACAGUAAUAACAGACUCUCGCUUGCACUCCCCAAUGUACUUCCUACUUAGCAAUCUCUCCUUUAUUGAUGUGUGUCAGGCUACAUUUGCUACUCCCAAAAUGAUUGCAGAUUUUCUCAGCUCUCACAAGACCAUCAGCUUCCAGGGAUGCAUGUCUCAAAUAUUUUUCUUGCAUGUUUUUGGGGGGAGUGAGAUGGUACUUCUUGUUGCCAUGGCUUAUGACAGAUACAUUGCCAUAUGCAAACCUUUGCACUAUAUGACUAUAAUGAGUCGAAAGGUAUGUGCAGUUCUAGUGGGUCUCUCCUGGGCCAUUGGCAUUCUGCAUUCAGCCAGUCAUCUGGUAUUCACAGUCAACCUACCUUUUUGUGGACCCAACAAAGUAGACAAUUUUUUUUGUGACCUUCCUCUUGUAAUCAAGCUGGCUUGCUUGGAUACUUACAUUUUAGAGAUCCUGGUGCUCACCAACAGUGGAUUGCUUUCACUAAUAUGUUUCCUUCUUUUACUUAUUUCAUACACUAUCAUCCUUGCUACUGUCCAUAGACAAGCCUCUGGUGGGACAUCCAAGGCACUUUCCACUUUGUCGGCCCAUGUCACUGUUGUGAUUCUGUUCUUUGGACCCUUGAUCUUCAUCUAUAUUUGGCCCUUUGAAAGCUUCCCAAUUGACAAAUUUAUCUCUGUGUUUUUUACUGUUUUUACUCCUUUCCUCAACCCUAUGAUUUACACACUGAGGAAUAAAGAUGUAAAAGAAGCCAUGAGAAAACUAAGGAACCGACAUGUGGGUUCUAAGCUGGACUUUUAG